AUGGUACGACAAGCAUCAUUUAUUGUUUUUAUUCUUAUAACAAUUUUAUUCGAGCUUUUCAAUAAAGCCAAUUGUAAAUCUGGUGGUGGCCAUUAUUCAUCACAACGUUCGCUUGGUACUGGAUCUUCUGGCGGAUAUGGCGUGUCUGCUGGAAAUCAACAAAAUUUUUGGGGUAAUUCAUGGUUCCCUCAGGACAUGAAUGCUUGGUAUGAUUACGCUCUCAAUGAUUCGGAUUCAAUUCCUGAUGAACAACGUUUAAUGGCACAAUUAUUAAGAAAUUAUGAUCCAUCAGCAAGACCUGUAUAUAAUGCAUCAAAUACAGUCAAUGUUGCUUUUGGCAUUGCUUUGGCUCAACUAAGCGAUAUGGAUGAAAAAAAUCAAGAAUGGUAUGAUGAACGUUUAGUAUGGAAUGCAUCCGAUUUUAAUGGUUUAGUAACUCUUCGUUUACCAUGUUCAAAAAUUUGGUUACCAGAUAUUGUUUUAUAUAAUUCAGCUGAUGAUUAUACACAAGGUUAUUAUCAAAGUAAAGCUAUGGUCGAUAGUAAUGGACAUGUUUUUUGGCCACCACCAGCGAAAUUUCGAUCAUCAUUGACAACAAAAAUGAAUGCACAUGGUGAAAAGCAAAAUAUUAUUAGUCCUUUACUUAGAAGAUCGACACAUGCUGAUAAUGACGUCAUUGAUAUUGAAUCAUCAAAAUCAUAUUCAAAUCAUAAUCAAUCAAUUUCGUCCUUAAAAAAUACUAAAAUCAAUCAAACAGAUAUUAUAUUAUAUGAUGAACAUGAAAAUAAAACAAUGACAAUAUCAUUUGAAAAAAUUAAUUAUACUAUAGAUCAAACAACAAAUAUUAAACAAUGGUAUAAGUGGCAACAAAUAUUUUCAUGUUACAAACAGACAACAAAGAAACAAAUUCUUUUUGACCUUUCAGGAAUUUUUACACCAGGAAUGAAUGCUAUUUUAGGACCAACAGGUUGUGGUAAAUCGACUUUACUUGAUAUUCUUGCCGAUCGAAAAGACAGUCAUGGCUUAACUGGAGAUGUUCUUCUAUCGGGAAGAUCUCGUCCUGCUUAUUACAAAUAUACUGUUGGUUAUGUUAUUCAAGAUGAUAUUAUGAGUGAAACAUUAACUGUUCGAGAAAAUCUUAUGUUUUCGGCUAAUAUUCGUCUACCACGUUCAUUUUCUGCUCGACAACGAAUCGAACGAGUUAAUCAAGUUAUACAUGAUUUAGAUCUUCAUUCAUGUAUUAAUACUUUUAUUGGAACUGAUUUUAUCAGAGGAGUAUCUGGUGGAGAAAAAAAGAGAACAAGUAUUGGAAUGGAAUUAGUUCUUUCACCCAAAGUUCUUUUCUUAGAUGAACCAACAACUGGACUUGAUGCAUCUACGGCACAAAAUGUUAUGGAUUGUUUAUAUAAUCUAUCUCGGCAAGGACGGACGAUUAUUUUUUCUAUUCAUCAGCCUCGUUAUUCAAUCUUCCAAUUAUUUGAUACUGUUCUUUUUCUAUCAGCUGGUCAUACUAUUUAUUUUGGUUCACCGAUUGAUAUUUUGCCUUACUUUACUUCUCAAGGUUUUAAAUGUAAUGAACAUGAAAAUCCGGCUGAUUUUGUUCUUGAUACACUUAUUGAAUUCAAUGGUCGUUCAUCUAAAAUACUUCAAACAGUUUAUUCACAAUCAAAAAUGCAUUCGAAUGUCAAAUCUUUAAUAGAAUCUGUAACAAAUGAAAAUAACAAUGAAGAUUUAUCUUUCUUAAAACAGAUUGUACUUCGAUCUCGUACAAUGGAAUUUUAUUAUCUUUCACAACGAACAUUUCGAAAUGCAAUAAGAAAUCCAUUAUUAGCAGCUUCUCAAAUUACGAUUUCUAUUAUAUUAGCUCUUCUUACUGGAUUACUUUUUUAUAAUAUGAAAGCAACCGUUGAUCCUGGUGUACGAAAUCGUCUUGGAGCUAUUUUCUUUUUAUCUACACAUCAAAUAUUGUCUACGGCAAGUGCUUUAGAAUCAUUGAUUAAAGAACGAGCAUUAUUUAGUCAUGAAUAUGUUGGUGGUUAUUAUCGAGUAUCAACAUUUUUUUUAACUAAAAUAGUUUUUGAUCUAAUUCCAAUGCGUAUUAUUCCUUCAUUUAUAUUUUCUAUAAUUACUUACCCUUUGACUGGUUUUCAACGUUCAAUAGUUCGAUUUUUUGUCUUCUUAGUUACAAUAUUUGUAUCUUCCGUGUAUGGUUCAGCAGUAUGUUUCUUUGUUGCUGCUUGUAUUCCUCUAUUUGCUGUUGCUAUUACUGUGACUAUACUCAUUUUUUCUAUAACAAUGGUCGUUAGUGGUUUUCUUGUUGAUCUAGAAAGCGUCUUUUCGUUUUUUCGAUGGAUUAAAUGGAUUAGUGCAUUUCAUUAUUCUUCAAAUUUAUUAACUAUUAAUGAAUUUCGAAAUUUAACAUUUUGUUUAUCUAACAAUACUCGAAUAUGUCCAUUGCAAGGUGAACAAAUAUUAACAGAACGUAAUAUUGCACAUGAUACUGAUUGGGAUAUGUGGAAAAAUUUACUUGCUAUAGCACUAAUGGCUUUAGUAUUGUUUUUUAUGGCUUAUAUUCAAUUGUUACGCAUAAAAAAAGUGAAAUAA